AUGGGGACGGAGGUGGCAGCCGUCGUGGACCUCGGGGUUCUGUCGCAGUCGGAUCUCGUGGCCCUCGCGGCCGCGUCGCCGUACGCCGUCGACCCCCGCCGCGGCCGCCGCCGGGAUGGCGACUUCCUCCCGCCCCCGAAGAUCGACCGCGCCGUCUUCAACGAGAGCGCUGGCUCCCGCAAGCAGACCUUCUCCCGCCACCGUCCCGCCACCAACAUCUCCCACAACUUGACCCCCGCCACCGCCGCGGCCUCCUCCCCCGCCGCCGCCGCCGUCGCCCCUGCGGAGGAGGACUCGGAGAACCGUCUCAUUGUGUUCCACCUCCGACGCCUAUUCGCGCGCGACGACCCCUCGUACCCAGUCCCGUCCGCGAUUCCACCCCGACAGGAAACCCUAAGGCCCCCCGGGCCGUUGCGGCUGCCGCCGGCAGCGGCGGCCACGGACCCCGAUAGGGAAGUGUUGAACCCAAAAGGGGUGGCAGUUGAUCUGGCGAGGCUCGCGGGGCUGGUAGACCCAUAUGGGGAGGAGCUACGGCAGCGGACGGCAGGAUUGGGAUCAGAGUCCGAGCUGCUGGGGUUCAUGAAUGCUCUGGAAGGGCAAUGGGGAAGCCGGAGGCGUCGGAGGAAGUUCGUGGAUGCUGGCAUGUUCGCUGACCACCUGCCCCGUGGGUGGAAGCUGCUGCUUGGGCUCAAGCGGAAGGAGCGCAUGGCAUGGAUUAAUUGCCGCCGUUAUGUGAGCCCCAAAGGACAUCAGUUUGCUACUUGCAAAGAAGUAUCUUCCUAUCUCAUGUCUCUUCUUGGACAUUCAGAGGCAAAGCCAACUGCCACACAGACUAACAGUGCAGGAGUGCAUGACUUAGAUGUCAAUUCUGCAGGUCUUCACCAGCAAACCAUCGCAAUUGAGCAAAGGCAACUUGCAGUGCCAGUUCCUUCGGUUACGUUGUUUAGUCACUCUGGUGGUUCCCAUCUACAAAAUCUUCAGAAGGUUGAAGCUCAGAUAGAAGUGAAUCCAAAGGAGUGCCGGAAAUGCAGUUUGACGUUUCAUGAUCAGGGUGCCUAUAUGCAACAUCAGUUGUCGUUUCACCAAAGGAAAGCUAAAAGGCGCAGGGUUAGUAAAUCCAGUGAACUGGGGACCAACAUAGAUGGAAAUUAUGAAACUCAGCAGAAGACCUCUGGAGAGGUACCUGGCAAUUUCAGCCAUGGUGUUGCAGAUGUAAAGUAUCAAGGUCAGAGUCGAGCAAAACUAAACGAUGGGACCGUUUCAGGCCAGUUAGGUGUUCAGUCAUCCUUGAAGCCAGUGUCAUUUCGGUUUCAGGAGUUGACUAUGUUGCCUCAACAGGAAAAAGAACCUUCUGCUGGAGAGCCUGUCUCUAUGAAUCAUAAGGGCCCUCGUAAGGAGAUGACUGGAUUUCCAGAACAGGAAAAAGGAACUGCUGCUGGAGAACCCAUCCCUGGGCAUCGUAAGGACCCCAAGGAGACGACUGGCUUUCCUGAACAGGAAAAAGUACCUGCUGCUGGAGAAACCAUCGCUGAGCAUCAUAUGGACUCGCUUAAGGAGACAUCUAGUGCAGCUGAACUGGAAAAAGGACCUUCUGCUGGAGAGCCUGCCUCAGGGCAUCAUCGGGAUGUUGACAAUUCUGAUGACCAUAGAACACAUGAUGGAACAUGUGACAAUGCUGUAGCUUCUCUUUUUGUUCAUGCUGAGAGCAAAUUGAGUACUUGCAACUCCACAAAUGUUCACGAGAAUGACUGUUCAAAAGAUUUAGAACUUUCAAAUACAGAUUAUCCCCAAAAGUUCAACAGGUCUGAUGAAACUUAUGGUGUACAUAAAGAGGUUUCUCCAACUGUAGCUGAUCCUGUUGAAAGCAAAAGCACAAAUGAUCUGAUGGGGUGCACUGACAUAACACCAGCAGAACAAGUUUCUCAGCCCUAUGAUCUACGGCAUGGAAAAUUUGGAAGUUCUCCUGAAGGAAACGAUUUUCAUAAGCAGCUGGAAAGUAACCCACAUCCUGCAACCAGGGAUGAGACUGAUCUCAAUUCAAUUGGUAUGGAGGUGGAUGGUGGCAAUAUAACUAGUAAUGUGGACAAUCCCACAAGCUUCAAAAGUGAGGAACCUCUUGACAACAAGAUUAUGGAUUGUGAAAUGACUUCUUUGAAAGAUGAUGAGAUCAAAAAUGGCGUCAGAAUAAGGGAUGUAAACCUUAAUUCAUGUUCGGAUACAAUAUCCUCUCCUGUUUCUGGUGGAAACUAUGAAACAUCUAAUGCUCCUGAUGAUGCUGUUCGAUCAUCCAUUAUUGCCCAAUGCUUUGGUACUAACUCUAAUGAAGAAAAUGCUGGUAAGGGUGAAAAUUUUGUCAACCAGAAAAAUGACAUGGUGUAUCAAUCUAAUUUGACCAUGGGCUCUACCCCUGCGGCUCAAAUUAAUGUGGACUGUUUUACUUCUUCCUGUUCAAUGACUCCUGAAAUCAAGAACUAUGGCAGCAGAGGUGAAAAUGAUGCCAAAGAAGCUUUGGUGAACUCACAGAACAUGACAAGUAAUGAAACAGGUUUUGAUGUUGAAGCUUAUAACAGUGAUAUCUUCAAUAGUACUAUCACGGAAAGUAGUCUUGCCCAGCUGAAUAAUGCCAUUAAUAUGAAAAACGAUUUUGCAAGCUGCUACUCAUUAUCUGACCUAAACACACUUACUGGUGGUAAUGCAACUGAUGAAAUUGACAUCCACGGUAUGAGGAGUUCUUUUGUUAGCUCCACCAGUCGCACUGAUCAAAAUGAGCAUUGCACGUUGGAUUUUGAUAUCAAAGGUUCCAUGCUUGAGGCACUGGAAAAAUCUGAUAGUGACUUGGAAAAUCAAUACAAUGGUGCGGGUCCUUCUUGUGACUCGCUACCUGCAGCCGGCACAAGUGGGAACAUUGAUGAGUUUAUGUCCAUGCAAACCAAUUUUGGUAGCUUUACCUCUUUGGUUCGUGCUGUUGAAGAUGUUCCACUGAGCAGGAUUCUUCAAGAUCAGUGUGAUUUGCAACUUGGAUUUGGUGGCCCCAAGCAGCCAACGUAUCCUAGCUUUGAGCAGCAGCUAAGGAUGGCCUCUGCUGGAGCUCCGCCGUAUGGGAACAUGGGCAGGCAUGAUGCUGUACCUGUACCCGAACCAACGCUGAUGUUAGGCUAUGCACCACCACUUGGUAGCUGCCCUUCUCCAUUCCAGUUGGGUUGGGGCCCCUCCUAUUCGAAGAUGGUCGGUGUGCUGCAAUCCGUGUGCGUGUGGUGCAACAGCCAAUUCCAGCAUUUUGGCACCGUUGCUGAGCAGCAAGCAGAUUCUCUUGGCUACAUUUGCCCGUCAUGCAAGGGAAAAUUUUCUGGUCAUCUUGGCAUCAACGGGCCGUCUAUUUGAGAUCCAUUUCAUGUUGUAACCCAAACUGAGGCUGGUUUACCAUUAGUUUCUAGUUAAUAUGGGUCAAGUUGCAAUUGUUGGGGUGUGUAUGUAGCCCCUUGAACAUGAGGCCUUGUGCUAAGGAAUGGCUGAUCUUGAAAUCCCAAGAUAUUGUUGAAGCGGAAGGUGUUUUCAUGCUAGAACCCUUGCCGUGUGGGGUAUUUGUGAA